AUGGGAAACAAGUUCAGUGAGGUUAAGUCACUGGUGCCCAAGGCCCCACGGUGCGUGCAGGGGCUGCAGCAGGGGCUGCUGGUGUGGCAGCAGGAGGCGCCCUCUGACUUUGACCUGGCUUAUGCCGACUUCCUGACUCUGGACAUCAGCAUGCUGCGGCUCUUUGAGACCUUCUUGGAGACGACUCCACAGCUCACGCUGGUGCUGGCCAUUGUGUUGCAGAGCGGCCGGGCCGAGUCCUACCAGUGGGUCGGCAUCUGCACAUCCUUCGUGGGUAUCUCGUGGGCUCUGCUUGACUACCACCGGGCCUUGCGCACCUGCCUCCCCUCCAAGCCGCCCCUGGGGCCAGGCUCCUCUGUGGUCUACUUCCUGUGGAACCUGCUGCUGCUGUGGCCCCGAGUCUUCGUCGUGGCCCUCUUCUCAGCUCUCUUCCCCCACUAUGUGGCUCUGCACUUCUUGGGCCUGUGGCUGGUGCUGCUCUUCUGGGUCUGGCUUCAGGGCACGGACUUCAUGCCAGAUUCCUGCUCCGAGUGGCUGUACCGGGCAACCGUGGCCACCAUUCUUUAUUUCUCCUGGUUCAACGUGGCCGAGGGCCGUACCCGAGGCCGCGCCGCCAUCCACCUGGUGUUCCUCCUGAGUGACAGUGUUCUCAUGGCGGUCACUUGGCUGACUCACAUCGCCUGGCUGCCCAGUGGGAUCCCACUGCAGACGUUGCUGCCUGUGGGCGGCGUCUGCGUCCUCCUGGGCCUGGCUCUGCGGCUUGUCUACUACCGCUGGCUGCACCCUAGCUGCCGCUGGGAGCCUGACCGCGUGGAUGGGACCCGAGGCCUCGGCUCCCUCGAGUGGCGUCGGCUGCCUCAGAACAGGCGCAUGGCCCAGUUGGCUCAGACCUUUUUCCCCAGGGUUAGGGAUGAGGCUGCUUUGCCACAGAAGGGAGAGGUGAACGGGGUCCUUUGA